UGAGGAUUCAGGAAUCAGCGGCUGGGCACGCGACGGUCGCUCUUGGCAGGCGAGUCCAGACUUCAGCUAUUUAUGCCAGAGAUGGAGACGGUGGACACAGGUGCCGUGACGAGAUCGAAGUUCGAAAGCCUGUGCAUUCAUGAAAACUCCUUGCAGUCGGCGCUAUCAAGAAGACACAGCUCUUGUCGGUGAGGUCAUGGCGGUCGGCCAUGGCGCAGUGGCGCAACACACCGCGAAUAUCACUGCAUCCUCGGCUGUUCAGCUGUCCAGUGAGCUCUUUAUCUCGUCUAUUAUCUAUCUUGGCAUGGCGAAUCUCAGCAGCGAUCUGGAGGAACCGGCAUCGUGACGAAACCCUGCAUGAACCAUGGCUCCUUAUCAAAUCUCCUCUGUAUAAUGCAUGCAUGGAUGAUUCGAGUUUAGCCGAUGCAGCAGAGCGCUGGCCAUGUUGCUGGGGAUCAUGUAAGGAAGGGUACUACGGAGUGGAGGGUAAGUGAUAUGGAGGCAUUAUCGCCGCAAUGUCAAUCCUCU